AUGGCAAGUCCAAUCCUCGCUCUCCCAGACGAGCUUUACCUACGCAUUGCGGGAUUACUCGACCCUCGCGCACUUCUCCAAUUAGCCCUAACACACCACCGAGCACUUCGCUGCUCUCAGGAUUUGCUCAGGUUUCACCGAACAUGGGACGUCAAGUAUCGGAUCAUUCAUGACCGCAGGCCACUGUUCGUUCCAAAGCUCCUCACUGAGGGCUUAUUAGAUCCUCGUGCUGGACUGUGGCAUCUGCGCCGCUUCGAGACCUGGGGGACGCGUUUGAAUUGGGGGGACUGGGACACGCUUGACGUAAAUUCGCAUCAUUACGGUCUUGGAACAGCCGGUGGCCCGGUGGAAAGAGAUGAUAAUACUCAUCUAAAGGCUAGCUACUACAGCAAUGAGAUUUUGGAGGCCAUGGAAGAAGUCAUGCAGACGCAGUUAUUCUUGAGUGAGACGGAAACAGAAAAAUGGAUGGAUGGUGUUCGUGUAGGUUCCGACGAGGUUUUGAAAGGCUUGAUGAUGGCUCUUGCUCCCAACCUGCACACAGUGAUAUUCAUUGCACAUUCUCUAGACGGUUACCAUCCUCUAAGCUUUCUUGGGCAGGCUAUUUCAAGAAUUGCAGAGUCAUCACCCACGCCCACAUGGCCGCCGGGAUUCGAAUCUUUGACUAGCAUUUCAGUUGCAAGUUACACCGACCUGCAACACCCACACAACAACUUCUAUUGUCCCUCCUCAGCUAUUGCGUGUCUUUUUCGCCUCCCAAAUCUCAAGGAUUUGAUCCUAAAUGUCGUAGGAUAUCAAGAUAGUGAGGAGUGGGAGUUACCCGCUAGUAGCUCAUCAAUCGAGAGGCUCAAAUUUGAUUGCUGCCAGAUAUCCCAGGAGACGAUUGAGAAGCUAGUGAACGCUUGUCGUAGGCUGAAAUGCCUAGAAGUGGAUCGGUUUCUGUGUACUACUGAGAGCUUGGAGUAUUUUAUCUUCUCCAAUAGUCAUUUAAAAAAUGCCCUCGAGCGAAUCAAUGGAGUUCCCGUCGACAUGUGGUUUAAGGGUAAAAACGACCUUUAUAGGUAUCCGUAUAUUCCAAAUCCAAGGGAUGACCGCCACGAAAGCGAGACCCAACGAACCGUAUGGCUCGUCGAUGAUUGCCUGGUCAAGGUUGAUGAUGGCGCUGCUCGCGACGAUGCGUUUGAGCUGGAGAAUUACCUGCCUUUUCAUUUCCCCCUCAGGCGUAAUACUGUGGAGCCGACUCUAUGGUUUCAGCUCCGGGACUUAAGAGAUUUGGAUCUGCCGCUCAAAGUCGAAAAGCUAUUUUUCAGGAUGACGCACAAUAGGCAACGAGUUAGGGAAUGUUUCGUGAAACCGUCGCCUCAGCACCAGCCAGCCGUGGCGCGUUUGCUGUUACAGAAGAUCGUGGAGCUAGUUGAGGACCCCCGUUACAGCUCACUCAAACAGAUUUGUUUAUUCGACCUCGUCAGUGUUCCAGUUCAUAUAGAUGAGUGGAAUGAUGACGAUACGGCUUUUGUGUGGGAUGAGGAUGCAUAUCGAAAGAUCGUGGCGAGGGGCGUGGAUUUACAUCGGCCAAGUCGAGAUGGCCCACUUACGAGAGAGGAAGAGCAAAGGGAGAAAAUUAUUCACCGUGAGAAGCAUGCAGACCCGAAUGUGGAAAUAUUGCACGAUAUUCACAUGACGGACCCAAGGAUAGGACAUCCGUUCCAUGCUGGAAAGGUGUUUCCAAUCUUUGAAUCGUAG